GUCUGGCCUCAUCCAGCCGGAGCGUCCACGCUCCGGCAGAGGGAACGUGUACACACACUCUCGGGACUGGGAAAGUAAGGGUCUGUCUGAGGGCCAGAGCAGGCCCUGGGGCGGAUACCCGGAGCUGGGGGCGUAGUCCACGCCGGGGCGGGGCCUCGCGCGGGAGCCGGGCCAGCCUGCUGGCCCAGACGUGGCGCAUCGGCCGGGUGGUUCUCCUCUGGCUUGCGGGUCUUCUUGGUUGAGGUUUCAAUGCGCAUUCCGUUGCCUCCGCCGCCCCUGCUGCUGCUUCUGGGGGCGCUCGCGGCCGCCGCCACCACCUUCCGGCCUGACUGGAACCGUCUGCACGGCCUGGCCCGAGCCCGGGUAGAGAGCUGUGGGGGAUGACAGUUGAAUCGCCUGAAGGAGGUGAAGGCCUUUGUCACCCAGGACAUCCCAUUCUACCACAACCUGGUAAUGAAACACCUCCCGGGGGCCGACCCAGAGCUUGUGCUGCUGGGCCACCGCAACGAGGAGCUGGAGCGAAUCCCACUCAGCGAAAUGACCCGCGAGGAGAUCAACGCGCUGGUUCAGGAGCUCGGCUUCUACCGCAAGGCGGCGCCGGACGACCCUGUGCCUCUCGAGUACCUGCGGGCGCCCGCUAGGCCCGCCGAAGGCGCUCCGGACCGUCCAGACCUGUAGGUCCGGGAGCGCGGUCCCCCCCCUCCCCCGCCCGCCCCCAUCAAGCCCUAGGGACAGAAUGAAGCGCUCAGCAUCCCGGGAUCACCUCCCUCGCUGAGGGCCGACACCUCGUCCCCGAGCCGGCAGGGAUGGAGUUGCGGGUUCUUCUUAACCCCCUUUAUUCCCCUCCUUCAGCUUCACUAAAUUCCCUUACGUCUUAAAUGA